AUGGGGAGCCCCAACCCCAUCAUGUACGAUGUGAGGGCCAAGGGAUGCCAAGGGGCUCUUGGGAUCAAAGAAGCCUUUGAGUCGAAGCAAGGCUUCCUGAAGAUGUCGGAUGAUCCCACAGUCUACCUGAACGACGUGGUCCACAAGGCCACCGUCAUGGUGAAUGAGGAGGGCACGGUGGCGGCGGCGGCCACAGGUGCCGUGAUGGCGGCGCGAUGCUUGCCGCCGCCUGCCAUGAAGAUGACGGUGGAUCGACCCUUUCUCUUUGUGAUCAGCGACGUGGAGGGCGCCAUCCUCUUCCUGGGCAAAGUGGUUCUACCCGAACUCAGCGGCAUCGACGCCACGCUGGCUUCGAAGGGAGGCUACAAAGAGUGUAGUGAUUCUGAGCCUUUCAUGGCUGUCAUGCCCUUUCCCUUGAUCCCCUUCCGGCUGUGGGUGUUCAGCCGCCGUCCUGGCGACACUUCUCAGUCGGCACCAAAGUUUUGUGCCGGCGAAGGUGGAACGAGGGAUGUUCGGGAUGCAUCCUUUGAUGCCAGCUGCGAAAGACGAGGUUUUCUGUUGGGCGCGUUGUCAACGUUGUCGGUGGCCACGGUUGCUCCUGUGGAAGCUGCGGCACCGACAGGCGCUGGCGCCGACGUUCUUCCGCCCUUUGCCGCUGCCUUCAGUGGUGCCAUCCAAGGCAUCUCCCAAAAUGUGGUGAAGCAGCUGAUUCUUCAUCCCUUUGACACGGUGAAGACGCGCUUGCAGGCACAGGCAGUGGCCAGGGGCAUCGAUGACAUCGAUCGGCGCGAUCUUUUUAAAGACGUCUACCGCGGGUUGCUUCCCACCUUGGUCUCAGGGACGCCAGGCAGCGCCAGUUUCUUCGCGGCCAAAGAAGCCGCGCAGAGCGUCUUGCAGACCUUUCCGCAGCCGGUGAAGACGUCCUGCGGCGUGCUGGCCGGCGUCUUGUGCGCCAAGGCGAUCAAAACACCUUUUGACGUGGCUGAAACGAAAGCCAUGGCAAGUGUUGCGAAAGGAGAGGCCUUGGCCUGGGACGGAUCUCUGCAGAAAUUGACCUCGGCCUUCGAGAAGGAAGGCCUCCAGGGACUUUAUCGAGGCUAUGGCGCGAAUGUGCUGUACAAACUCCCGGCUGACCUCGCCAAGUUUCUGGCCUUUGAGGCAUUGAAAAGCACAGGAUCCCUCCCCACCGGCACGGCCGGCGCUCUGGCGACGCUGUGGAGCAACGCGGUGACCACGCCGCUGGACGUGGUGCGAACGCAGGUCAUGGUGGAAGGCGCGCAGAAAGAGUCAAAGAACGUCCUGCAGAAGUUGCAGGAGUUGAUCGACACGGGCGACUCUGAAAAGAUCUGGUCAGGUUUUGGUUGGCGCCUGGCGCGUGGCAUCGUGGCUGGUGCCAUUCAGUUCACCGUUCUGGAAGGCACCAAAGAGGCCGUCGAAGGGAAGGACCAAGGCAUCCGUUGGCUCCAGCGUCGUUGGCCCAGCCUGGCAACCUCGCUGCAGCGCUGCCAAAGCGCCUUUGCGAAGAGCGCAGCGCUGGCGGUGCUCGUGGAGCCCGGUGCUGUGGUUUGCCUCUUGGCUGGUGCCUCGCGGAUGACGCCAUUAGUCUUCUUUGCGCUGAAUCUAAGCGGAACGCUUGCGAGGUUGCUGCUGAUUCGCUGCCUCGCCGCCACCCUCCCCGGACCUUUGGAGGCUCUGCUGCAGCUGGUGCGGCAUUUCUCGUUGCCUUUGGCCAUGCUGAUGGCGACCAUCAGUGGUAUUGGCUGCAUAGGUCUGUUGCGCGCAAAGGAGGAGCAAAGAGAGGAGGAACCACCAGGCAACAGCGGCCACGAGCUGAGUGCAAAUAGCGAUUGCGGCGUCGCAAAAGUAGCACUUCAGGUAGCCAUGAGCGGAAGGCAUGGUGAGGGCGAAAAGGGCGAGGGGUCAUGGGCAGGUGACGACUCAGCGAGAUGGUGGGCCCAGAAGCGCUGUCGUGGACCCAGAACGCUGCGAAAGCUAGGGGGAAAGAAGACACAGAAAUCCUGGAAGUGGGAAGAGGAGGAGGAGGAGGCUUCGAUGGUCACGGCUGCCAACGAUGGCUGGGUGCCGCCCCACUGCCGAACUGGCCGCCUGCCGGGUCUGUGGUGUGGGCACCAGCUACCGCUCGGAGCAAGGCGGAGAAGCCGCAACGCGAUCUACUCACGGCGCGGGGCUUGCUCGAUCUGCCUUGGCCUUGGGGCCGUUGCUGGGAUCAGGAGUCAUCCUCGGCGCCGCCUUCGGGGCCUUCGGGGCCGUCGGGGCCUGCGGGGCUCUGGUGCGCUGGGAGAAGUGGAAGCUCUGCCAGGUGUGCGGAAGAGGAGUGAUCUCACACAGGAGCGGCUGCAGUGGCUGCGUCGCAGCGAGAGGCAGCGCCAGGCCGCAGUGGCUGCGGUGAAGCUGCGCCAGAUCCUGGUGGCUUCGGAGGAGAUGGCCGUGGAGGUGCAGCGGCAGCUGGUGGCGCAGCCAGAGACCUGGCCGAAGCUGAGCGAACUGAGCCUGGAGGAAGCCGAGCUAGGUUGGGUCGGGUUACACGACAGCUACUUGGACGAGCUGCUGCCUCUGUUUGUACGCCAUGCAGCGCUGCGGGCGCAGCCUGGGGACAUGUUGAAGCUACAAAGUGAGCGAGGAUGGCACGUCUUGCGCAUCGAAGAUGUGAUGCUGGACUUGCGAGUGAAGAGGUUGGGACAGGAUGGAGGCAGGGCCAAAGAUGCCUUGCACUCCAAGACCUACACAGUGAUCACCAUGGGCUGUCAGAUGAACCAAGCCGAUUCGGAACGGAUGGAAGGACAACUGGCGUCCCUCGGCAUGCGACCGGUGCUCGAAGAGGAGGAUCCAGAUGUGGUGCUGCUCAACACGUGCUCCAUUCGAGAUAAGGCCGAAAAGAAGGUCUACGCCAGGCUGGACGCCCACCUGCAACGCAAGCGGAAGGGGCAGGACGUAACGCUGGUGGUCACUGGGUGCGUGGCCCAGCAGGAAGGGGAGGACUUGCUUCGAGCGGUACCUGAGGUCGACGUGGUCAUGGGGCCGCAGUUUGCCAAUCGCCUCGCAGAUGUGUUGAACGAGUCGGUCUUAGGUGGGCAGAUUUGUGCCACCGAAGACUCUCGAAUCAUGGAGGAUGUGACCAUGCCCAACCGGCAGUCCAGCAUUUCAGCCUGGGUGAAUGUCAUCUAUGGUUGCAACGAGCGCUGCAGCUACUGCGUGGUGCCCUUCACGCGCGGAAGCGAACAGUCACGGCCCAUGAGCUCCAUCCGGCGCGAGGUGGAAACGUUGGGGGACGAGGGCUUUCGAGAAGUGACGCUCCUAGGGCAAAACAUCGAUGCCUAUGGCCGAGACUUCACACCCCGAAGGACCUUCGCAGAUCUUCUGCGUUCUUUGUCUGACUUGGACAUCUCACGGAUCCGUUUCCUCACGUCCACCCCAGGUACAUCUCUGAUGACUUGA